UUGUAAAUUAUUGUAUUUUUUAAAAAUUUAACUUUUUUGAUACGAAAAUUUAUUUUUUGUUAAACAAAUAAAAAAAAAAAAAAUUAGUCACCGAGCAAAUUAGAAGUUGAAGUUCAUCAAAAUUUCAAGAUUGAAAAACUAGACAACUUUAAUUCCACGGUUUCGCCUUUUCACUCCAUUAUCACGUUAAUCCUUUUUCCGGCAGAUCGGCGGCGGCGGCAUAUUCGUUCUUUAGGUCACAAUACGAAAGAAAGUAGACAUGGAUAUGGUUGAGGGAAGAUCGAUGAAUGGGCAGAAGAAGGGAAUUUCGGAAUCAAAGAGGAAGAUGGGUAGCUUAAGUGAGGUUUUGGGGAGGGAGAAGUCUAGGAGAAUUGUGGUGCCAAUUGGUGGUGAGUCAAAAAUCGAUGAAAGGAAACGAGGAAAGAGUGGUGUAGUGGAGGAACUGGAUGGAGAGAAGUCAAAAAAUGGCUGUAGAAAGCAACAUAGCAGUGGGGUUUCAGAAGAAUCAGAGACGGAACUGACUUUGGCGGAGAUUAAAAUGGGGGCAUUGAAGAAGAAGUUGAAAGGGAAGAAGAAAGUUAAUAUUAGGGAGGAGAGAGCGGUGUUGGAGGAGAAGAAGAAGAGGCAGCUAAUGUUGAUCGAGAAUCGGUAUAUGGAAGUAAUGACUGUUGAGGAUUCAGACUUUUAUGAUUUUGAUGAGGAUAGAGUUGAGAGGAGCUUCAAGAAGGGCCAAGUUUGGGCAAUAUAUGAUGAUGAUGAUGGGAUGCCUAGGCAUUAUGGGGUGAUAGAUGAGGUUGUCUCAUUGAAUCCAUUUGAGGUGAAAAUGAGCUGGUUGGACUUUCAGAAUGAUGGGGAUGAGAGGCUGACAUCUUGGGAGAAAAUGGGAUUUCAUAUAUCUUGUGGAGUCUUUGUGGUGGCUAGGAAGGAUACUACAAAUUUAUUGAAUAUCUUUUCACAUUUAGUUAAAUGCGAAAGAGCAGCCAAAAAGUUGUACAGGAUAUACCCUACAAAGGGUUCGAUUUGGGCUCUUUACAAUGAAAGAGCAUUGGAUGUAGGGGGCAAGGAAUCUUUUAGUAAGGAUAAGCGAUGUUAUGACAUUGUUGUGUUUUUAACAAGUUACAGUGAAGUGCAUGGAUUAAGUAUGGCAUACCUUGAAAAGGUUAAUGGUUUCAGAGCAGUUUUUAAGAGGCGAGAGAUUGGGUGUGAUGCUAUUAGAUGGCUUGACAAAGGUGACUUCAGGCUCUUCUCACAUCAGAUUCCUGCUAGAAAGCUUUCUGAAGAGGAAGCUCCUAAUAUUUCUGGCUGUUGUUGGGAGCUUGAUCCUGCUUCACUCCCACCAGCUUUAGUCACAAUUUGUCGGAGAAAAUGAAGUUUUUUUGUGAUCUAAUGCAAUGCCAUUCUUGUGUUAAUGGUAGUAACUAGUAUUGGGUUGUAUUUGGCAGUUGUGGAUCUUUUUCACCUUUUUGAUACUUUAAUCUCAUUGGAAAUUAGAAUUUUAUCUUAAGUUGAUGCUCUUUGUUCAAGUGUUGAAUAGUUUAUGCUUAAUCUUGUCUGCUUUCUUAGCCUAAGUUGGCGAUGGGCUAUUUAAAUUACAGAAUAAUGUCACAAUUUGUAAAUCACUGAAUGUUAAAAUAUAUUAU